CCGCAUGCUGCGAAGCUCGUAGCACACAGUAAAGGUGUGUGCGCAUGCGCAAAUCCUCUCGUCUUUUGUUGGAAGUGAAUGACUGGCGUUUUCAAUGCUCUACGCUCCAGCAUCGCAACAUUUAUAAGUGAAUCCCAAUCGUCUGCACAUUAACCCAUCAUGGCUGAUCUUGACACUGAUUUCACCAGUGGAAAUGCUGGAGCUUCUUUGACCUUCCCCAUGCAGUGCAGCGCCCUGCGCAAGAACGGCUAUGUGGUGAUCAAAGGACGUCCAUGCAAGAUUGUGGAGAUGUCUACCUCCAAGACUGGCAAGCAUGGACACGCCAAGGUGCAUAUGGUUGGAAUUGACAUAUUUACUGGAAAGAAGAAUGAAGAUAUAUGUCCCUCCACCCACAACAUGGAUGUGCCUAACAUCAAGAGGCUUGAUUAUCAGUUGGUCGGCAUUACAGAUGGCUACCUUUCCCUCUUGAAGGACAAUGGAGAUUUGCGUGAGGACCUCAAGCUGCCUGAUGGAGAUUUGGGCAAAGAAAUCGAGGGCAAAUUUGAAUCUGGGGAUGAAUUUCUGGUCUCCGUGUUAUCCGCCAUGGGGGAUGAGUGUCCGAUUGCCAUCAAACCCAUGAGCUCAUAAUGAACAGAAGAUGACAGUCUGGUUGAGUGAGGGCUUCUACCACAAAAUAUUACAUUUGAGUUCCAAACCGUCACCAAAGUCACAGUCUUCACAAACCACCUAGAAUUGCUUCUGUUAGUCAGUUAUAAGAUACUGGACCUUCACAAAUCACUGAGGUUUCCUACACACUUGUUCUUCAGCCAUUUUUCUGCAUCCAUUCCUUUCUUCGUUUCACAGAUGCACUUUUAUCAUUCAGUCUUAAAUAUGGGUAUAGAUUUUUAACGCUCUACAUUGUGCAGUAAACUUCAGUGAUUUUUAUUAACGCCAUUGGGCCUUAAACUGUUGCAUGACAGGCAACAGAUUACCUGGAAGAUUACCUCUUUAAAUGACACUGACUAGUUUGCUGGCAUUUUGUACAUCUGUAUUUAAAGCCUGCAUCUCUCAGGUAGGCUCGAGUUUGUCUGAAUGUUGCUCUUACAACUUGGCGCUUCUUGGGGUUGCCUGCAACCAAGCAGGCAUUGUCCUUUCUUAUUCAACGGACUAAAAAGACUUUCUUUUUACGUCACAUUGCAUUCAGACCAAAUAUACGAUGUAAGUGAUCAAUGCAUUUUGUUUGGCACUUUUAAGUUUUGAAAGUAUUUUUUGGAGUUUUAGUUUACCUGACUAUUCUGUUCAUUCUUCAGUUUAGGCUUACAAAACACACACACUUGUAUUUUGGUAGUUGUUUACUCCGCAAAACCCCACCUUAUUUCUGUUACAUCUUUAAGGGAUGCAUAAGACAAAUAAUUCUAAAGAAUGGCUUUGAGUUUUGCACUAGCUAAUGAGCUGUGGUGCAGUUGUAAUUCCAUUACCUCUGUAACAAACUCUGUUUGUGUUAAAAGUGGCUUUGCUCAACAAAAACCUGAUUUAAACCCGCAGCUUUUAGCUUGUUCUUUCUGUUUUCUUUUGUGUGUACUUACGGACAGGCACAGUGUGCACUAAAGGGCUUCAAUACACAUUCUUUAAAAUUCAUAUUCUGUAUAAUCUUGUAUGCUACCUUCUUUUCCUUAAAAAUGUAGUAUUUUGAUAAUUCAGCUCAUUUUUAGUUACUCAGCAUAAUUGUUUUCAUUGUAGAAUGUGUAUCUUUACAUUUCGCUUCCUGUGGUUGUCUUGUUUUGAAUUUGAUUUAUUUGUUUAAGAUGAGCUGGCUUAGCAAACAAGAAGGCACUUGGUUGGGCAGAAUGUUUUGUCCUAGUGGUGUUUUCACCUGUUCUGAAUGUUUGUCAAUUUGCCACGUACAGUAAGAAGAAUUAUAUGACUAUAUAGUAUUGGAAAAACACAUUGGCAUCUCAAACUUGGCAAAUGUCUCAGGUUUCCAGCAUUCAGGUAUUUUGCAGGGCAUAGUAUUAGCCCUAAAGUCUUUGUCUGUCUGCAAAGAGAAACAGACGGUGGAAGGGUGUUAUGGAUCUAAAUUAAUCAACUCAACUUAAAGAUAUUGCGUCAGUUCAUGCCUGCAAUUAUAUGAUAUGUUAUUACUGGAUGCAUGUAAUUGGUUUGUCUCUUGAAUUCAGCAGUGCUGUGAAUCCUGAAACUAUGUCCCAGUAAAUUUGCAUAAUGAUAAGUGACGGGCAGAAGGAGACUGUUAAGAAAGUGAAUCACGCAAGCAAAUGAAAAUGAUAGCAUUCAGUGUUUUCAUAUAGUGAAUGAAUAUUGUUAAAAACCACAGAUGGGAUAAGAGGGAACCAAGUAUAAUAAACUGAAAAGAAAAAUAAG